AUGCGAGCCAUGGGCCAUGGGGAUCUCAUUGGCAGCCAUGUUUGUGACAAGGCUUUGGUCAUAUCCUCAUCAUCUUCGGUUUGCUCAGUCAAGGUGGAUCCAAUUGUUGGUUUGCUCCUCCGGUUCCUCCUUAGAUGUCCUUAUUCCUUUUACAUCUUUAGCAUAAGUGAACCAUCAUGA